AUGAAAUAUCACUGCUGUCAGCCCUCUGACGAAGCCAUCACCACAUCAAGAUAUUUACCAAUUCCUCAGAAAAUUCACACUAGAGAGAAGCCUUACAGCUGUGAGCAGUGUGGUAAAACUUUCACUUGUAACCAUAGUCUAAAAACACACCAACGCAUUCACACUGGAGAGAAGCUGUACAGCUGUGAGCAAUGUGGGAAAAUGUUCACUUGUAGCAGUCAUCUAAAAACACACCAACGCAUUCACACUGGAGAGAAGCCUUACUGGUGUGAGCAAUGUGGGAAAUCUUUCACUGACAACAGCACCCUAAAAACACACCAACGCAUUCACACUGGAGAGAAGCCUUACUGGUGUGAGCAAUGUGGGAAAAGUUUCACUCACAACAACUCCCUAAAAAGACAUCAACGCAUUCACACUGGAGAGAGGCCGUACAGCUGUGAGCAAUGUGGGAAAAUGUUCACUUGUAACAGUAAUCUAAAAACACACCAACGCAUUCACACUGGAGAGAAGCCGUACAGCUGUGAGAAAUGUGGGCAAACUUUCACUGACAACAGCUCCCUAAAAAAACACCAACGCAUUCACACUGGAGAGAAGCCUUACUGGUGUGAGCAAUGUGGGAAAAUGUUCACUUGUAACAGUCAUCUAAAAAGACACCAACGCAUUCACACUGGAGAGAAGCCUUACCGGUGUGAGCAAUGUGGGGAAAUGUUCACUUGUAACAGUCAUCUAAAAAGACACCAACGCAUUCACACUGGAGAGAAGCCUUACUGGUGUGAGCAAUGUGGGAAAACUUUCACUCACAACAGCUCCCUAAAAACACACCAACGCAUUCACACUGGAGAGAAUGAUUUGUGA